AGCACAGGAUAAACCUGACCCGGACUGGCACAGAGUCCUUUUACCUAAACAGCCAAGCUUUUGAAGUCUACAGGCGUAAUCGGCUAACCAAGGUCUUUGCACUCAGCAUUCAUCUGACCUUCUCCACAGCCUGAGAUCAUGGACACAGCAGCAGUAGUGACUCUUCUGGCUCUGGUUCUGGCCAUGGCUGGCAUCAGUCAGGCUCUACACAUCCAAGGCGGUCUAGAUAAAAGUGACAUCUUGCCAGGAAGCACAGAGGACAACAUGGCCGACCACCUGCUGGGAAUGGAAAGUGAAAACAUAGAUAACAGCAUUGACGAUCGUCUCCUGGCCUCGGUGUUGAAAGCUCUGCUCCUCGGGUCUCAGAGGGAAACCAGGAACUCUGUCCUCCAUCAGCCACAGAGGUUUGGCCGAAGCUCCAGAGGGCAGGUUGUGUCAGACGAUCAGAUACUUUCCCGUGACUGGGAGGCCGCCCCUGGCCAGAUCUGGAGUAUGGCUGUGCCCCAGAGGUUUGGCAAGAAAUAG